GGUAGCCGAAGCGGAUAUGUCCGUGCAAUCAUCUCUGUCGUCAGGGUCGGGAGCGCCGCAGGGCGCAGCCAAUAUCAUCGACCUGGACCGCUACAUGCGUGCAACAGUCCGGCCUGGACAGUCUCCAAGACACGAACGACGAUGGCGAGAGAGUGGCAACGUAACGACCAAUAGAUGUAGGGAUUCAGCACGGGCGCCUGGAUCUACAGCAUCGCUGCUAGCAUUCCGGGCGGCAUGUGAAAGGGCACUUCGUGAACAACAGGAGCAGAUAGCCCGAGUUGCCCAGCUCUGCGAACAAUUAGGCGAGAAACAAAAUGACCGUCGUAGUGAGAGGCAUGCAGAACGUCGCGGCGAUCGGCGUCCAGACCGAACGAAGCAAGAGCGUUCGAAACUUGAGCGGCCGAGGCCUAAACGACCAAACCCCGAAUGUUCGUCCUCCAGUGUUGAAUCUACUGAUUUUAGCUCAAGUAGCCGCAGUGCAAGAGAACGACGCAAGGAUAAACAUCGGACAGACGAAUGCAAAACAUACAAAAUAAUAAUGAAUAAAUUGGAUGAGUUAAGUCGACUAUUUGCGGCCAGGCGUCCGGUGCCGCCUGUAUCUUUGGGUUCCAAGCAACCAACGUUUCCCGCAGCCCGCGUAGCUUCCUCUGGAUCUGUGUCCGUAUCGGAUAAGUUUGUCGCCACAGAACCGGAUCUUAGAGCAUGUAUAAAAUCAAGAAACUUAUCGCCCACUGUCCAGAUAUUGCUGACACCUCGACCAACCGAACGCAAAGUGGGCUUGCAAAUACAAACACAAGCGACUGGAACUAAUCCAAUUACUGGGGAAGAGGGAGCGGAAAUACGUCAAAGAGAUAUAAAUCGCACGGAAGGGAAGCGGGAAAAUGAAGGAACGGGUUUUAAUCGCCGGCUUGCGAUAACGCGUGCUAAUUUUCUUGAAAUAGCACCCUCACCAAGGAAACGUCCUAAUAUUACUACAGAAAGUGUUGUGCAACGGGGGCAUAGUUCAGAAUCAAUUCGGGACCGUAUAUCCAGCUUUGAUCUAGAGGACCCUAUCCGUCUGUACGCGCAAGCGAAACGGCUGCAAGCUCUCCACACGACGACUCGCCGAGCUCGAAGCGAAGAUCGCACAAUGUUAAAUGAUAGACUGGGUGUAGGAAGACUGGAUGGCCGAUUCGACGAGCGUUUAAAAGGCGACUCCCUCUGCGCUCGGUGCAGAGGAUAUUGGAGGGCGUUUCGUCACUGUUUCGCGUCCCAGUUGUUCUGCCGACCGGAAGACGCUUGCGCUUGUUGA